AUGCGGAGCCCCCCGCUCGGGCUGCUGCUGCUGGUGGUCGUCGGAGAAGCCGCCUCCGGGACGCUGCGAGGCAAGAGGGGGCGGCUGGCGGGCCGGGGGGCGGCGGGGGCGUCUCUCCCUCCCCAGCCGGAGGAGUCGGGCGGGCCAGGGCGGGGGUCCUGCAGCGGGUCCAGGCUGGAGGCUCCUGCGCGGGCCGGGGGCGUCGUGCAAAGCCCGGGGCGGGCGGCGGACGGCUCGGGGCCAAAAGUUGCGGAGCGUCCGAGCCGCCGCGUUUGCCCCGCUGCAAAAGUGGGGAGCCGCCCGUCUGGGGUCCCCGAGCCGGGCUGCUGGGGCGUCUGGGCCGGUCGCCAGUUCAAGGGACCCGCCUCCAGGAAACAGGCUCCUUUCUCUUCCCUUUCCACAGGGCAGGCCAUCUGCCGGGGCGGGACCCAGCGACCCUGCUACAAGAUCGUUUACUUCCACGAUGUGUCACGCAGGGUGGGCUUUCGGGAAGCCUUUGAGGCGUGCAGAAGAGACGGGGGGCAUCUGGUGAGCAUCGAGUCGCAGGCGGAACAGAGAAUGAUAGAGAAGAUCAUCGAGUCUCUCUCUGCUUCCGACGGCGAUUUCUGGAUUGGGCUUACGAGAGAAGAGGACCCCGACAACAGCACCGAAUGCCCAAAUUUGUACUCGUGGUCCGAUGGAAGUUCCUCUGUGUUUCGAAACUGGUACAUAGAUGAGCCCUCCUGCGGAAGUGAAAUCUGUGUUGUGAUGUAUCACCAGCCCUCUGCGCCUCCCGGUGACGGCGGCCCGUACAUGUUCCAGUGGAACGAUGACAGAUGCAACAUGAAGAACAACUUUAUCUGCAAAUACUCUCUGGAUGUCGUAACGGAGCCUUCGAUGUUUGCACCCCCAGAAGAGCCCAUUAAAGAAGAUGUAAAUAAUAUAACUGUCAGAGAAGCCAAAGAUCCUCUUUGGAGCCUCGCCUAUGUCUUAGUCCCCAGCAUCCCUGCCCUGCUUCUUCUUUUGGUCAUCACAGCCAUCUUCAGCUUCUGGCUCUGCGCAAAGAGGAGACGAGAGCGGACGGAAGCAAAUAAGAAGGGGCAGGACACCUGGCUGUCUCCCAACAGGCAGACAAGCCCCAGUUUGGAGAUAUACAACGUCAUUAGGAAACAGUCGGAAGAAGAUCUAGGCAGGACCAGACCGGACAUUAAGAACUCUUCGUUCCGGGGCCGUUCCGGAGACGACACUCCCGACGACCUCUCCGGAGACUACGAGAAUAUGGCUGUCAACACCUCCGAGAGCGGAUUCGUGACGCUGGCCAGCAAUGAAAGUGGUUUUGUCACCAACGAUAUAUACGAGCUGUGCAAUGACCGAGUGGGGCAAAGCAAAGAGUCUGCUUGGGUCGAAAAUGAAAUCUACGGCUAUUGAGGAAGACC